CCAGGAGACCAGCAGCAGGGCGAAGUGCGGACUGACUUCAACCUGCUGAACUCUCGAAUCUUGAGAUUAUCAAAGCACUGUUUCAGCAGUUUUUACUGAAUGUUGGUGCAGCUCUGAACAAUCUGGAAUCAGGAUCAUUUAAACAGGAGGAGAGGCAUUCAACACAUUUUAUGUAACUUCAAUGGAGCCAUCUCUUAGCUUCUGAAGAGUCCCUGCAUCGCCUGAGACAGACAUGGAUGCUUUUGAGGGAAUUCACAGUGUCCGGAUUUCCUCUUCUCCACCGUCUUCAACAACAGCCAGCCCAGGAUAUGAAGUCCUCAAAGCGGGGAGGUCUGGAAUAGCAGUAUAUUCCUCUGCAGUGUUUUUCGGCACACCUGACGUCCUGGGAUCCAGACACAAGUCCAACACGGAAACUGAGGAGAAAGGCUGCGUUGUUGGACGGUUGGUAGAUCUUGAUCCAGAGCUGGAGUCCAGGGUGGAGGGGGGAGGCCAGGCUGGGCCCACCUCAGGCCGAGACCAUGGCAACCUCUCCCGGCUCCGUAGCUCCUCGCUGGAGGUCAGAGAAAGAGAAAUCAGAGAAAAGGGGUCGGAGAUCCUCAGGGAACAGCUGGACGCCGCCAAGAAGGAACUGAAACUGAAGGACAAGGAGUGUGAGCGUCUGUCGCAGGUCAGGAAUCAGCUGGAGCAGGAGCUGGAGGAGCUGACUGCCAGUCUGUUCGAGGAAGCUCACAAGAUGGUGCAUGAAGCUAACGUCAAACAAGCGGGAGCAGAAAAACAACUGAAGGAGGCUCAGGGAAAGAUUGACGUUCUGCAAGCAGAGGUGACAGCGCUCAAGACUCUGGUGUUGACAUCAACACCUUCCUCACCGAACCGCCAGUUGCAUCCACAGCUGCAGUCUUCAGGCACCAGGGGAGCGUACAAACAUGUCGGGGGCCACGUCCGCAACAAGAGCAUGAGCGGUGCCUUUCCAUCCUCAAUUGGAAAACCAGAACCGUCCUCUGUUUCCAUUCAGCCUGCGGCCAAAGAGGACCGAGAGAUGGACUCCGUUCUGUAUGCAGAGUUUUUAAUGUGGAAGGAGAAUCCAAGUCUUGAGCGUUCCUCCGCCUUCCUGAGCCGCAUCUACAGAGAAGACAUCGGACCCUGCCUCUCCUUCAAUAGAUCCGAGCUGUCACAGCUGGUGCAGAGCGCCGUCGAAAACAACUCUUUGACUAUCGAGCCUGUGGCCAUGUCAGCGUUACCGAUGGUCAAAGCCUCAGCUAUAGAGUGUGGCGGGCCUAAUGGCUUUAGAGCAGCAAUAGAGACGAAAUGUGCAUUAAGUGGCAUGUCGCGCCUUUGCCGACAUCGCAUUAAACUUGGCGACAAAGGGAGCUACUAUUACAUCUCUCCUUCCAGCCGAGCACGGAUCACGGCUGUUUGCAACUUCUUUACUUACAUCCGCUACAUACAGCAGGGCCUGGUGAGACAUGAUGCGGAGCAGAUGUUCUGGGAGGUGAUGCGUCUCCGCAGAGAGAUGACUGUGGCCAAGUUGGGUUUCUACCUCACUGACCAAUGCUAGAGGACCUGACAGUCCUCUGAAACACACAGCAGGACAGAGAGAUCCCAGGACCAGGAUUAUUAAAGGUCCUGGUCAGGGUUAAACUGUGGUAACAAACAGGUCAUAGAUCAGUUUUAGUAGCAGAGGUUGUGCAGCAUUAUAGUGCUGCAGCAGAAGUCAAUCAACAAGGGAAGAAGAAACUGUUCACCUUUAUGCAAUAAGACAAAGAAUUAAACCAGCACAGAUAGACAGAUUGAAGUAGAAAUGACAUGCUUGACUGCAGAUGAGGAGAGAUGUUUCUGUACCUCCCCGGUGGAGUCUCAUGUUAAUACAGUAGAUUCUAUGUGUCAUAUUUCAGGCAUUGGUCUGAUGAAAAGAGGAGCACAAAGUGAGAUGAAAGCAGUCUAGAGAGUAGAGCUGUCUCUUACCUCAAGUAUUACAUAUGUAAUGUCUUAGUUCCACCAAGUUUUCACCAAUUAUUUGGUUUGUUUUCUUUAUUUUUACAUAAAUAUGAUGCUCAUCAGCUCAAACACCA